CGGGAUCGGGAUCGGGAUCGGGAACGGGAUCGGGAACGGGAUCGGGAACGGGAUCGGGAUCGGGAACAGGAUCCUGAUCCUGAUACCGCCAAGGGUCCCGGCCCUAUGGUGAGCCCUCCGCUCUCCCCGCAGCCCGCUGCGGCGCCAGCCGACGGCUUCGCCUCCUCAGACGAUGAGGCCGCCGAGGAGGACCCGAGCCCGCUCCACAUCUCCUGGUUGUCUUUGUCUCCUCUCUACUCUUCAGAGUUCCUGGGAUUAUGUUCCCUGCCGGGUUGCAGGUUUAAGGAUGUCAGAAGAAAUCUCCAGAAGGAUAUAGGAGAACUAAAGAACUGUGGGAUCCAGGAUAUCUUUGUGCUUUGUACCAGAGGAGAGCUCUCAAAAUACCGAGUACCAAACCUGCUCGACACUUACCAGCAGCAGGGGAUGUGUGUGCACCACUACCCCAUUCCUGAUGGGAACGCUCCUGACAUUGCCACCUGCUGCAAGAUCCUGGAAGAGCUCAGAACCUGCCUGGAAAAUAAACAGAAAACAAUGAUACACUGUUAUGGUGGCCUUGGACGCUCAUGUCUCGUGGCUGCCUGUCUCCUGCUCCAGCUUUCAGACACCCUGGCACCUCAGCAGGUGAUAGAGAGCCUCAGGAACCUGAGAGGAUCGGGGGCCAUACAGACCAUCAAGCAGUACAAUUUCCUCCAUGACUUCCGGGAGAACCUGGCUGCACACCUGGCAACAAAGGACCCGGUGCUGAGAUCAGCAUCGCGGUAGCUGAUCCUGCCACGGGCAUCUUUGUGUCUGUGUGGAAAACUCCUGGACAAGACACCUCUCUCCUGAUCUUUCCUCAGUGCCACUGCCUGUGUGACACAGCUGCUGCCUUCCAAAUCCUUGUGUAAAGUAUUGGGAUGGGGAAGGAAAUCCUAGAGAACAUGUGGUAUCUUCCUCUCUUUAGUGAUAUUAAU